AUGUCUGUGGAGAAGUCUCCCAUAUGCAGGUGUAUAAAGAACGUGGAUCCCUCCCCCAUUCAGCAAUUUGCUACUGGAAUGCGCCCUCCAAGUGUUUGUGUAAUGAUGCUGAGUGCCCUGAAUCAGCUAGCCCUAUUUGCCAGCCCAUAUAAGCUCCUUUGUUGCAGCCUAGAGGAUUGCAAUCAGGCCCUUUCGCUUAGAACAAGAUUAACUUUCAAAAGAGUGAUACAGAAGAGAAGCACAGGAGAAUAUUCAUGCAUACCAUACUUGCUUGCUCUAUUUAAUUGCCUUAAUUAUACAUGGUAUGGUCUUCCUAUAGUGAGCUAUGGUUGGGAAAACAUAUCUGUGGUCACAGUUAAUGGAGCUGGAGUCCUCUUGGAAUUCUCAUUUAUUAUCAUAUAUAUCUGGUUUUCUUCCAUAGCUAAGACAAAGAGGAAUAUUUUGAUGCAGCUAUUGACAAUAAUAACUGUGUUUCUGAUAACUGCGUUUGUAUCCAAAUUCAAGAUGCAUGAUCACGAGACUCGGAGGAAGUUUGUAGGAAGUAUUGGCACGGCCGCCUCCAUAGCAAUGUAUGCCUCUCCAUUGGCAGCUUUGAAGCAAGUGAUAGCUACAAAGAGUGUGGAGUUCAUGCCUUUCCACUUGUCUUUCUUCACACUCCUCGCCACUUCUUUAUGGAUAGCAUAUGGAUUUGUUUCUCAUGAUUAUUUUAUUGCGGCACCUAAUUUCGUUGGUUUCCCCUUAGGCAUCAUUCAACUUGUAGUAUAUGGAAUAUAUAGAAGAGGAAAAGUAGCUAAAGAUGAUGAAGAGGCAAAUACUAGUGGUGUAAAUGUGUAA